UCCGUUUAUUCCUUUCUCUCAUACUAGUUACGGAAAUAGUUGAGAUUUGAAAUUGCACACUUGAAUCCAUAUCCGUUGAUGACUUGUAUAAGCGCAAUCUAUUCCAGGUCGAGGCAUAGGCGUCUCCAGAGGUCCAUAAGUGUGCUAACAGGAAGAACAUAGAGUGACCCUAUCUCGAACCCGAUGUCUUUCGAAUUAGAGCCAUAUUUAAGCCUGGGCCAUGAGGCUCCCCCCACUUUCCAUCUCCAACCACCAUCAACCAUGACGAUCCCCGAGGAAAUUGCCCCAGCCGCCAAAGCACCGCCCGAAUGGAAGGUCUGUACAAGGAAACUGAGAACUCUACGGCGCCUCUUCCGAUCUUGCAGUAUUCCAAUCCGCCGCCGGCCUCCAACUAGCGUAACUAACCCCGCGCCUUUCCCAUUCCUCCGCCUUCCGCGGGAGCUCCGCGACCAGAUCUACCGCGAGCUGCUAAUCGUCGACAACAACAACAACAACAACAACGAGGACGGCGACAACGCUGGUGGGACGCGACGCCCUACUGUCCGGCGGGCGGGGGGCCGCGCCGCCCUCGACCGCGCCUGACCCUCGGCCUGCUGCGGGUCUGCCAGCGCGUGCGCCAGGAAACGCUGCCGAUGGUGUUCGCGCACAACCAAAUCUGGCUGGACG